AUGGAGGAUUCCUCCCCCAGUAAAGCGUGCGCCUUUGCCCGGUUGCCAAGUUCUGUGAUCGAGUACAUUCUUUAUGUUGCAGAUGCCAACACCUUUGCAUCUCUGGCCCUUUUAAAUCAUCAAUGGCGACAUAUAUCGGAAUCCUCUGCACUAUAUGCUCAUCAUUUAUCUAAAUGCCCGUCAUUCCUUUGGUCAUGCGGGGCUCUUGCCCCGCCGGGCGAAAUGGACAGCCUGUCUAACCUGAAACGUCAGUUUAUCGAAGAGGUCCGUCGCAAUGCAUUCGACGUAUUUCUUCGGCCUCGUAAAACCUUGGUGCGCUUGAUCUCAAGCUCUAUGAGCUCCUCCACAGCGUUUCCUCAGGGCGAAGUGUUUCGCUUUUCAUUCUCCGCCAAUGGUCAUAUGGUGCUAUGUAUCAGCUCUUCUCGGAUCAUUGUGCUGGAAUUGGCUAGUGAUCCAGUUUCUGUCAAACAUGAGUUGCAAACCCGCCGGCGACCACUCGGCGCUACCAUUCUAGAUGACGGAUCGCUGCUUGCGGUUCUCUCAGAAUCCUACCGGGUCAACAUUUACAGGCUCUCCGAUGGCCAAGCUAAAAGGGUUCAAUCGAUCAUUGUAAAUGAUGCUCCGCGCGACUUGACAUUCUCGCCAACAGGCAGUGUACUAGCCCUAUCAUUCGAGGACAGUAUCGAAGUCCAUGCGGUUGGAGAAGAGACAUUGACCACUGAGCGUCGCGCAGCACGCUGUUUGCGCGUCGAUGCACUUUCGUUCACCCCGGAUGGAUCAAUGUUACUUGGGUCGUCAGUGGACUACGUGACGGAUGGCAUUGUGACUAUUACAGCUCCAUUCUAUACCGAAACUGGGACAGAUGCAUCGCCAGAGGAAGUUCAAAUGCGAAUGUGGACAACACAAAUCCUCUUUCCUGAAAUGGCCCGUGGACUUACUCAUGCUUGCUUGAUUUCAGAGCAUGAUGAAGGCGACGAUAGUUGGAUUCUUGUAUAUGACGUUCAACUGGCAGCAUUCAGAGCAAUCAGAGUCAAUAACGUGGACGCAGGUGGUGUAUACUUCUCCAGUCCAUUUUUGGCGGAAGAAUCAAGAGAGAUGCUGCCCGCUAUGCUUCCCACUAUUGACGACACCGGUGAACUUGCAGCUUUGGGAUUCCAGGACUCUGAAGUAUGGUUGUAUGGUGUACCCAAGCGACUUGACGUUGCGCCCACAGAUCCAGCUCCCGAUGGAAGUUCGAGAAUUAUCACCCGCAUGGGUGGUGUCCAUCAUUAUUCUAGCUCUGAAACACCUCGUGAUAACCUAGUACAACUUGAAAAACUAGUUCAACAAUCCAAAGCCUUGAUUCGUGGCCGCCGUGUGACUGACAUGCAUGGUAUCACAUCAACUCGUUGGGUACACUCGGCGCCCUCUAUAAAACCCAAGCGACGUCUUGUUUCUGUCGCACCUGGUGGUGUGCGCCCUCAAUUAUUUGGCGAAGAGGAUGUCCCCGUGGACGGCGGAAGAAUCCUUCUCCUAGACUUUGAAAGGUCGACCACUGAUGGCGAGGAAAUUGAGUUUGAUAUCGAAGUUGGGGAAACAUCACCAACGAUGCUACUGGAACCAGACUCUUCUCUAGAUACAGAAGUCGAGUUACAAAGAAGGCGCACACGAUUAGUUCGCAAUGACACAGAUGCGACAGGCACUGGUCUCCGCCCUCGGCCAUCGACAAGAACAGUUCCGGUCCUUGAUCGCCAACGACCUAUGAGUCUAGCAAUCCCCACUGCACUGAAUGGAGUGAACUCAAAUGGUGUGGUUGAUGUUCCAUAUGACAACCAACAGCCUCGUUCUGGAGAAACACUUCAUCGCGCCGCCACAGCCACAGCAUCAACGCGAGGACGUUAUGACCCCCGGUAUCGCAGUACACCCAAUCAUCGCUACGUUCCUCAUGAAAGUGAUGCAGACAAUUGGGUGCCGCCGCCGCCACCUUAUAAGCGCGAGCCUGAUUCACCGCUGCCAGAUCACUUGCAGCAAACCCUUAUGCCGGGACUGUCAACACCGCCCAUCCCAGAUAUACCUCCUCAUCGCCGCGAUCUGUCCACUCCUAACAUAUCGACCCCAUCUAACAAUCAGAUUCAGAGAGCGCACACUGCUCGUGUCUCACGGCAAAGCCCUACAGACCGUCCACGGCCUCAAUCCGCUAUUAUCCAGCGAUUGGGGACUAUUACUGGCACCAUUCGCUCUGGGAGAAGUAGGAGGGGCUCUUCAGCUGCCUUAGAGGCCUUGAACCAAGACCAACAACUUUACGUCCCACCUGUUCCAGAAUUGCCUCCGCUGCCGGCUCAUUUGACCGCCGCUCGUCCAAGCACAGCAGCGUCCCCGAUUAUUCCAAUCACCACAGGCCGGCUCCCGCCUUUGCAACCACUUCCAACGUUAGCGGUUCAACCCGCAGAAGAACUGGGACAUACCGACCUUCCAAUACCUUUGGGAGCAACAAUGCUUGGAGAGAACUAUUUCUCAUAUGCCGUGUCAUCUCCAAACCUUCUGCAUAUUCCACAGCCACACGGAAAUGGGCUGGACCUUGAUGCAGAAGAUGAGGAUCAAAUACCUGCGAGACAAAGAUCUUUCCGGCGAAGAGUCUCAACGGAGCCCACUAGCUUGCCACCGCCAGAGAAUGAAGAGUGGCGGAGGCGCAUUCAGGACUGGAACGAACAUACGAUUCGGGAACGAGGUCGAAAACGAAGAAAUAAGUGCAUGGUUAUGUAG